CAGUUUGCAACUUUGUCCGAUCCGCAAACUUUCACCGUUGGAUUGAGCUGAAAUUUUGUCGGGGAGUCAACAAUAUAUUGAUCUACAUUUUGAAUGGUCCAGUAAGGUAAGAUGGAAGCUAUGGUAGUAGUAGUGUGGUGGGCUUGGCUUUUGGGAGCUUUGCCACUGCUGGGGUGGCUGCUGUGGUGGUGGAAUGAGCUCUGGUAUGCCACUCCCCUUAACCUCCGGUAUUCCGGCACUGGCACCAAGCUGCCUCCUGGUCAUAUGGGACUUCCGUUAUUCGGAGAAAUGUUCAAGUUCCUUUGGUACUUCAAGGUUCUUCGUCGUCCCGAUGAUUUCAUCAACUCAAAGAGACGAAGUCAGGUACGGCGACGGUGCAGGAAUAUACAGGAGCUACCUGUUUGGAUCACCAUCCAUCAUAGCAUGCUCCCCAUCGGCAGUCAAGUUCUUUUACAGAUCAGAGGACGUCUUUCCACUGAAGUGGCCCAAUGUUGAUCUCGUCGGUCUUACUUCUCUGGUCGCCGUUAAUGGGACUGGACAUGCCAGAAUCCGGAGCUACGUUUCCAAUGCCAUCAACGGGCCUGAUGGUCUCCGCCGGAUUGCCGUCGCGGUGCAACCUCGCAUGGUCGCUUCACUCCAGUCAUGGGCACAGAUGGGUAGAAUCAAAACAUUUGAUCAAGUAAAGAAGCUCACAUUUGAGAACAUUGGAAAAUUAUUUGCAAGCUUGGAACCGGGUCCUGCUCUAGAUGAUAUGGAUCGAUUGUUUGGUGGGGUGGUUAAAGGAAUUAGAGCCCAACCACUGAAUUUUCCGGGAACUGCCUAUCACCAUGCUCUCAAGUGUAGGAAGAAGCUUGAGGCAAUAUUUAGGGUGGAGCUAGAGAAGAAGAAGAAGAACCAUAAUGGAGUUCAGAAGACAAAUGACCUAAUGGAUGGAUUGAUUCAAAUGAAAGAUGAUGAAGGUAAUACAUUAAGUGAUCAAGAGGUAGUGGAUAAUAUUGUCAGUCUUGUUGUUGCUGGCUAUGAAUCUACUUCCCUUGCAACCAUGUGGGCUGUCUAUUUUCUUGCCAAGUCCCCCACUGUACUCCAAAAGCUGCGGGACGAGAACAGGGCUAUGAGAAAGAACAAGCAAGAUUAUUUCAUUACAAGUGAAGAUGUUUCUAAAUUGAAAUACACCAACCAGGUUGUGGAAGAAACAAUUAGAAUGGCCAACAUUGCCGCAUUUGGUUUUAGAUUAACUACCCAAGAAGUAGAAUAUAAAGGGUAUGUAAUACCAAAAGACUGGAAAGUAGUUCUGUGGUUUCGAUAUUUCCAGACAAAUCCAGAGAACUUUGAUGAUCCAAUGUGCUUUAACCCUGAUAGAUGGAAUGUAAGCACCUAUUCCUAACAUGUUUUAACAAAGAUAAGUUCUUUAACUUAAGAACUUGGGUUUUGCUUUCUUAAUUAGGGGCCGGCAAGGCCUGGUGCGUAUCAGGUUUUUGGUGGUGGACGAAGAAUCUGUGCUGGGAACAUGCUUGCUCGGAUACAACUUGCACUCUUUCUUCACCAUUUAUCUGUUGGAUACAGGUGGGAACUACUCAAUCCAGAUGCAGAGAUGAUUUAUCUGUCACAUCCAAAGCCAGUUGAUGGGGUUGAGGUUAAGUUCGUUACAUUGUAGUAUGUUGGUUCCAGUUGCACACUAAAGAAUGCAGUUAACUGCAACUAAACAACUGGAUUUGAAUGCUGACAAAGUAAUUGGGAUUUGGAUGUGAAGUAACAUAUUAAUCUUAUGCUUGUUUGUUGCUUGGAUUUGUAAUAUAGUCAGUUCUUCGGAAUGGGGACCAUCACCUUUGUUAUCGAUUUGUUCUAGCUAGCUUUGAGCAACUUCAGUACAAGAAAAUUGCAGGAAGGAUCAUUAGAUAUUUUUAUCAACUUUAUAAUUGAGAAUAACACUUUCAUUUUCCA